GAAACGCCGUGUUAAGGAGGAAAUGAGUUUGUCAUGAAGAAAUGAACAGGAAGAUGUUUGUCACACAGACGAGCAGCAGUGGGAUGGAGGCGCUCGGCUUGAUUCUCUUCAUGUGGGCGUCUCUUUCAGGGGCCUUCAACAUCGACACUGAACAUCCACUGAGAUUUAACGGCACGCCGGAAGAUUUCUUUGGUUACAGUGUUUAUCAGACUGAGUUUGGAAACAGGAAACAGAUCAUUGUUGGAGCUCCAUUAGAAGGAAACUCAACAGGGGAGAUGUACAGCUGCUCUGCAGAUCUGCAGUCCUGCAAACGGCUGCAGCGGCCAGGUUCAGAGAGCGUCCGCUUCUUCGGCAUGUCUGCUGCUGUGUCUUCUGCUGCUCUCACUAGCUGCAGUCCGUAUUUUCCUCAUGAGUGUGAUGGAAACUCGUAUCUGAACGGCGUGUGCUACCAAUUCAGCAGCAGCUUACAGGCCGUCUCCAACUUCACCGCCGCUUACCAAGUGUCAUCGGCUGAUGACUCUGUGACGUAUCUGAACUUCUCUCUGGAGGACAGAGGUCCAAAGCCUCUCAACAUCAUCUACAAGGUGGAGAAUCUGGGUGUUAAAGGUCUGCCAGUGUCAGUCACACUCACCCUGCCCUGUCAAACUACACAUGUGAUUUUAACCCCUCACAACUUCAGCAUGCAGGAGAAUUCAGUGCUGUGCAACUUCAAGCCAGAACCACGGGACGGUCACUGCGGGAAGUUUGAGUGUCAUCAAUUUCAUCUGCAGAAAUUUUCAGAAGUUCAUUUUAACCUGACUGCAUUCGCAGUUCUCCAAAACGAGAAGGAAUACGAAAGCAAAUAUUCCUUCUAUGAGUUCAGAAGGGAUAUUGUGUUCAACGUCAGCCCUGAGCUCCACUACAACACAAGCCACUAUAACCAGACAUCAACUGGACUGAAGUACAAUCCCCACAGAUCCCAGACUGCAGUGAAGGUGGAGUUUGUCGUUCCUCCCAGUCGAAUGCUGAUCGUCGGCACUGGUGUAGUGGGCGGGUUCAUCUGCCUCAUUAUCAUAUUGUUCCUUCUGCUGAAGUGCGGGUUUUUUAAACGAAAUCGCCCUGAUGAGUUUUUUCAAGAGGAUGAAAAUGUAACUGCGGUUGAAGACUCUCCUCUCAUGAACGUGAAAGCUAAAGAAAACAGAGUCAGUGAGAACGACAGCGCAGAGAAAGAGAAUGGAGCGAGAGAGACGAGCCCCAGUCCUGACCCUCCAAACGCAGACGAAUAAAAUCUCACUUUAUUCCAACACAACAAAAGAUGUUUGUUUUGAAGGAGCUGAAAUGUCUUUUAAUGGUCUAAUUGUAUGAAUAUAUGAUUUUAGUAUGGUUCAGUAUGUUUAGUUCAAUGAUAUGCAGCUUGUGUU